AUGACGGUGCAGAGCAACCCUUACCAUGUUGGGAUCUGCAAGACGAGUAACUUCUACAGGCAACUUCGGAAUUUGUUCCAGGAGGACCUGCGGCUGCGCUCCACGGUGCUGCUGGAAUGGGCUGCAGCCGACCUUUUCAGCCGCUUUACUCUCCAGGCCAUCCUGGAGAUUGUCGUUGCCCUUCUGCUCGAGUUCCGCGUAGUCGUGGUCUCCCAAUCCCCCGAGUUGGCCUCCAAGCUGGUGCUCGGCUUGAGCUCGCUUCUGUGGCCUUUCAGUUGGCAGCAUCUGCUUCUCCCGAUCUGCCCGGCAUACCUUCAGGAGGCCAUCAUAGAUGCCCCCGUGCCCUUCAUCUCUGCCCUGCCAGAGGUCACUCCACAGGUGGCGACUGCCAGUGGCACGGCUCCGAACAGGGGCUUGAAAGUUAGCCAUGUGCAGGAUUGGAACGAAGGCGUAGCGGCUGGGGUGGAGUCAGGCUUCCACGACCACGUUUUGGACAGCCCUACGUCUGAUCAGACCACGGGUGGUGCCUACCCCGAGGUGGCACCGCCGGCCUCGUGUUUCGCCCCGCGGCCCCCAGCAGAGCUGCCGUCACGGAGCACUGGUCGUCGUGCACAAGGAGAGCGGGCAACCUGCCAAACGCCGCGGCAGAAGGGUGGCUCCACAAGUUUGCCGCCCGUGCCGUUGACAGCUCGGGAGAGACAUUGGCAGAGCUCAGACCCUGGUGCAAGUGGGAGCAGCGUAUCUUCGGCACGCCGCUCUUUGCCAGAACGCGAUGGCCGGAGCAGCAGCCAGCACGCCCGCACAGUGACAGGUGCUCCAUCGAAGGAGUCGGGCACCAAGUCCGAGCCCAGCCGCAAGCUGGCACAGACCACCAAGCCGCCAAGCCGGGAAACGGCGUCACCGGUCUUCGCCGGCUAUUCCUCCGCCCCCUCGCCCGAGAGCCACGAGAGCGAGAGCCGCGAGGCCAUAAUGGACGUUCUUAGUGACGCAUUGGGCCAGGAGGAGAUGGAGCGCGAGAAGGAGUUGUGGAAUGAGAAGAUGGUGGCGCUGCUGUCUUCCAGCCCCAACCCGCCGGUCACGGCGCCAAGCAGCGACCCAUCGCAGCUGCCGAGCAAUACAGCGGCCACCGACGAAGCUGAGGCGCCCUCGGAGCUGGACAUGGCACCCCCGCCUCUGACUGUGGAGCCGCUGAAGGAUGUCGACCUUGGGGAGAGCGUCAUCGCCCGCGCCAUGCGUGAAGCCGGGAUGGAUCCGGAAUCGACCUCAAUGGUCGAUCUCUUUGCGACUGCCAGCGAUGCUGAUCUGGCCGAGGAAAUCAGCGAGGUGGGCCUCCACGAGCCGUGGGGGCUGGCGCUCCUCCUCCCGGAACUGGGCAGCCCAGAUGGCGCGGAGGAAGAAGGAGCGCUGCAGUUCUGGGAGAGCGACGCCCUGCAGCGAUGUGUAGCCACGGGAUGCAAGGAGUUGGGAGGUAAAGGUACUUUGGGAGCUUCUAAAAACCUGGACCCGCAGAGGCCAAUCGUCGACACAUCUCGCAGAGAUUCGACGCUGGCGGCUCUGUUCAUGCUUUCCGCCAUGAAGGGGGCAGACACCCGGCGGAAGAGUGGCGUGGCAUGUGCUGUCUCCGGGCCCAUCUGGGGGAAUCUUGUGGACUCCGGCGCCUCCCGCAAGUGGCUUCUGCAGGUGGGCGCCGGGCUCUGGGGCCUCUGCACCAUCCAGCUGGCUUUGACUUCGAACUUUGUGAUCAUGAUCGUCCUGCGGGUGCUUAACGGAGCUGCUUUGGCGAUGAUGGUGCCGGUGAUGCAAUCCUUCGUGGCAGACUUGACCACGUCCUCCAACUGUGGGUCGGCGUUCGGCAAGGUCGCCUGCGCUGCGAACGUGGGCCAGGUCUUGGCGUGUCUUAUGGUGACCCCAAUUUCAGAGAGUGUGGUUCACGGGGUCCGCGGCUGGCGACUAUCUUUGGCCUUCGUGGGGGUGCUGAGCCUCUUCUGCGCGCCUCGGCCUAGAGAAGCCUUCAGGCGCUCGAUGGGCGCUCAGCUGCCUGCCGAGAACUCCCGUGCUCUUAAGGUGCUCUUCGUCCGGGUGGCCGUACACGAAGAGCCGACGGUUUGGAAGCCAAGGCAGGUCCCAGAGAUGCCAAAGCGAAGAGAGCCCUUCCUGGUGGCACGGGAGUCCACGUUCCAUGCUUGGCAAAACCUGCUCGUCAUGCGAUUGUUUUCGAAGUGGCCAUCAACCGUGGAAUCGAGCAAGGAGAUUCGGGAUACUUCGCGAGAUUCGCACGAUGGUGCAGUUCAUGAAGAUCCCGACCUUCCGAGUGAGCGGCUGAGAAAGUAG